AAUCUUUCCAGCCUCGCUGUGAAUGAGGUCAUGUCGGAUCUUAAAAUGACCCCGAGCUACGGUACCGGGAGAGACAAGGGUUAAGUUUCACGUGACUUGAAUUGAAGAUUGAUGAGCCAUCUCUUUAAUGAUCAGACGCGUCCAAGCUCAAAGGUUCUCAAUUUAACGAUACCAACUUACCCUCAAUCUGACUGGAAAGAAUAUCGACAAUAUCAAGAACAUGUCCCUUCAUAUCAAAUCAACAACUCAAAAAGACUUUCAUGCUGUCUUAACCAAACCAUUCACUCCGGUCCGACCUCUCGUUCAAACCUCUGAUACUUCGGUUGCCGGGCGAAAGCGAAAAAGGGUAGACUACAGUGGAGCGGAUGGAAGUAUCGAAACGGAGAAUCGAGAUCCUAAAGGGAAGGGCAAGAAGAAAGAAGAUGAAAUGGAAGAGGACGAUGACGGGAAUAUGGUCAAGAAAGUCAAACGUGACCGAUUUGGAAGACCGAUUAAAGAAGUGUCUUUCACACCAGUGAAGAAAUACGACAAGGUGGUUGUGACGCCUCUCACAGCACAACCUAAAUUAUUUGCAAUUCCAAAGAUGGUGGAUACCAAAACAGGUGCAACUAUCGAAGUAAGGCUAAGUAACACUCCUUUGGGUGUUCGACCGCCACCUAUCUUCGCACCUAGACCAUUACAUGAUCCAUUGGCCGACACCGCAAUUGUACUUUGGGAUCCAACUGUAGAUGAUAAACCAGCGCCUGAACCUAUCAAGGAAACGAUUUCUGGUACUACACCUGAGGAAGUUGAACAAGAAUUGGCUCGAUUGAAAUUUGAAGAAGAACAACGUAAAGGUCCUCAUAAAAGUUUGGCUGCUUUAUUAGGAAUUGCACAAAAGGGAGAGACAAAACCGAUCAAAAAAGUUCCGGUUGUUCUCGAUCCACGUUUGACUAAGACUCUACGACCUCAUCAAGUUGAAGGUGUCAAAUUCUUGUAUCGGUGUACCACUGGAAUGGUAGAGAAAGGUGUACAUGGGUGUAUAAUGGCUGACGAGAUGGGAUUGGGGAAGACUCUACAAUGCAUCACCCUGCUCUGGACAUUACUGAAGCAAUCACCUAUACCCGGUAAACCAGCCAUCAACAAAGCCAUCGUUGCUUGUCCCUCUUCGCUAGUCAAGAAUUGGGCAAAUGAAUUAGAUAAAUGGCUUGGAGCCGGUGCUCUAGUUCCACUUGCAGUUGAUGGGAAACAAUCCAAAGCUGAUCUAUUGAAGAGCGUACGCCAGUGGGUUUUGGCUGAUGGUCGAAGAGUCUCACAGCCUGUGAUGAUUGUUUCAUAUGAGACAUUACGAGGCUCUUUGGUUGAAGAAUUAGGAACUGCACCUAUUGGUCUAUUACUUUGUGAUGAAGGACAUCGCUUGAAGAAUGCAGAGAAUCAAACCUAUGCAGCUCUCAACAGCAUCAAAUGCGAAAAAAGAGUGAUCUUGACAGGAACGCCGAUUCAGAAUGAUCUUUCUGAAUACUUUGCUCUUUUAAACUUUGCAAAUCCGAAUUACUUGGGUGAUAGAGCACAAUUUCGUAAAAAUUACGAAUUGCCGAUUCUUCGAGGCAGAGAUUCAGAUUCGAGUCAAUCUGAGGUUACAUUGGCUGAAACCAAAUUGAAGGAGCUAACUACAAAAGUUCAAAAGUUUAUCAUUCGUCGUACAAAUGACCUGCUUUCCAAAUAUCUACCUGUCAAAUAUGAGCAUGUGGUGUUUUGUGCUCCUUCCACUUUUCAACGGGAUCUGUAUCGUCACUUUAUCAACUCUCCUGACUUGAAAAAGUUAUUGAGAGGAGUCGGAUGUCAACCCUUGAAGAUGCUUGGGAUCCUACGUAAACUUUGCAACCAUCCGGAUCUUUUGGAUUUGCAUCAAGAUAUCCCUGGAUCUGAGAAAUGUUUUCCCGAAGGCUAUACUUCUAAAGAUAGUAGAGCGCCAGCUAGACCUGAGCUAUCGGGAAAAAUGGUGGUUCUUGAAAGGAUUCGUACUCAAACUACAGAUAAGAUUGUAUUAAUCAGUAACUUUACUCAGACAUUAGAUGUGAUGGAAAAGAUGUGUCGUGAGCGACGUUGGGGAUGUUUGAGAUUGGAUGGAACGAUGCAAAUCACUAAACGACAAAAAUUAGUAGAUCGGUUUAAUAAUCCAGAAGGAAAAGAAUUUAUUUUUUUACUUAGUAGUAAAGCAGGUGGAUGUGGUAUUAAUUUGAUUGGUGCUAAUCGAUUGAUCUUAUUUGAUCCGGAUUGGAAUCCUGCUUCUGAUCAACAAGCUUUGGCUAGGGUUUGGAGAGAUGGACAAAAGAAGGAAUGUUUUGUGUAUCGAUUUAUAUUGACGGGAAGUGUUGAAGAGAAAGUUUUCCAACGUCAAUCACAAAAGAUGAAACUUUCAGCUUCUGUUGUCGAUGAACAAGAGGAUGAUGCACGUAUGUUCUCAAAAGAUAUGCUCAGAGAACUAUUCACAUUGAACGAGGGCACCGCUUCUGAUACUCAUGACGUAUACAAGUGUAAGCGUUGUAAAGAUGGCAAACAAUUUAUCAAAGCACCUGUGAUGCUCUAUGGGGAUCAAUCAACGUGGAAUCAUUAUGCUAACCCAGAAAUGGUCAAUUUACAUGAUGAUCUUUUGAGAGCAGAAGUUGGACAAGCAGAAGUCACAGCAUGUUUUCAAUACGUUUCAACUUAAAGAGCUAUACUAACCAAAUCAAAUGAAGAUAUAUGUUUUUAUAGCUAUGGGGGUUUAAAUCAAUUUCGAUCAAGCUUUUUUUCGUCUGUUUGUUUUCCUCUGUGCUUGUUCACUUAUCGUUGUUGUUGUUGUAAUCUCGGAAUGGACUUUUGAGGUAUUAGUAAUGUAUUGCAUAUAGUGAUGAAAUAACAUGAACAAUUUGUAGCCUCGG